UUCGUCUUCGAUUCUCAUGAAAUUCGAAUAGUAUUGGUUUUCCUUGGGGAAACUAACAUUUGUCUCAGGAAAAUUCGUCAGAUCGGAAUAAAGAUUCUCCGAUCAAGAAACGCCAUGGAUGAGAUGUUAUCCGAUAUAAUGUAUUUCCUGAAGAACCCCUCUUUUACAGAGACAUUUGUCGACAUCAUACUCUGCGCAGUACCGAUUUGGCUCGCCGUAAUGAUCGGUCUAUUGAUCGGAUGGUCUUGGCGUCCGAGAUGGACCGGGUUGAUCUAUCUAGGGUUCCGUUCCAAGCUUCGGUUUCUAUGGACUGCGCCGCCUGGGUUCGGCGCGCGGCGGCUUUGGCUCGCUUUCACAGCCCUCUCGGCUUUCUCCGUGUGCCGUACCCUAUGGUCAAAGCUUGACACGAGAGCCAACAAAUCGACGAGUGGUUCAGCUUCAUCGCAGCAGACAGAGAGUCUUCAAAGUGAUGAAGUUUCCAGACCUAGUAGCGAUGAUAACACGACGGCGAGAGAGCAGGAGAUUGUAACAGAGAAUGAUUUAGAGCAUCUGUUACAGCUGCUUGAAGUGGGAAAUGCGACCAGGGAAUGGCAAUCCAUGAUGGACAAGACUACUCCAAAUAUGAGUUACCAAGCUUGGCGUCAUGAGCCUGAGACAGGUCCUGUUGUUUAUCGGAGUCGAACCAUAUUUGAGGAUGCAAGUCCAGAUAUUGUUAGGGAUUUCUUCUGGGAUGAUGAGUUUCGACCUAAAUGGGAUUUCAUGCUUGCCAACUUCAAAACUUUGGACGACGACACUCGCACAGGAACUAUGAUUGUUCACUGGCGAAAAAAGUUUCCCUUUUUCUGUAGUGACCGAGAGUAUAUCAUUGGUCGGAGAAUAUGGGAGUCUGGAAAUACGUAUUAUUGUGUGACAAAGGGAGUUCCUUAUCCAGCUCUACCCAAGCGUGAUAAGCCGAGGCGCGUUGAGCUUUAUUUCUCAAGUUGGGUUAUCCGAGCAGUUGAAUCCAGAAAAGGAGAUGGACAGCUAUCGGCUUGUGAAGUAUCUCUAGUCCAUUACGAAGACAUGGGAAUCCCAAAAGACGUAGCAAAGUUAGGCGUGCGCCAUGGCAUGUGGGGAGCAGUCAAGAAGCUAAACUCAGGUUUACGAGCCUACCAAACCGCCAGAAAAUCAGACUCUAGUCUAUCCCGAAUUGCUCAAAUGGCAAGGAUCACCACAGUACUGAACAUGGAUUCUACAGAAUCAUCCACAGGAGAUGAAGACAGAAGCAGAGCAAUGGGAUAUGCAAGGAGACAGCGGGACAAUUUGAGAAUGGACUGGAAAUGGGUAGUUGUAGGAGGUGUCGCCUUGGCUUGUGGCCUGCACACUGGGGUCAUUGGUAAGGCUUUACUGGCCGGCGCUGGGCAGAGACUUGCUCGUAGGUGAAAAACCUCGGUCAUAUUCUUAUUAUCUUCCCUUGACAGAAAAAGAGAAACGUUUACAUAUAACCAAGGCAAAUGUAUUUUUCUUUCCGAUGAGAAGAGAAUGUGGUUUUGAUGGUGAACCAUGUAUAGUAGUAGCAUUAAGCUGCGGAGUCUAAAUUGUUUGAGACC